AUGAAGCACCGUGUUAAGGUACCGAAACUUGGAAAAACGAGCAAACCCUCUUCUCGUGUAAUCAGAUCCUCUAUCAAAGUACGUUUCAUUGAUAAUGAUUGCAAGAUCCAAAAAGAGAAAAAGAAAUUUGUCGUUGUAUGUUCACCUUGUCGAUAAAACGCAGGAUAAGACAUCUCAUGUCGUUCUCGUGCAGUGAUAGCCUCCCACGCAGGCGUUUUUAGGGGAGCUCGUUUUUCAAGGGAUGAAAGACGAGCUCCCCUAAAAGCACCUGUGUGGGAGGCUAGUGCAGUGACAGCAGGUAGAAUUGUUGUUUUGCUUAUCUUAACCUAAUGCUUUUACACGCUCUCUACGCCGUCGCCGCAGUGACAUCUUAAACGCACUUGUGGCCUUAAACGGUACAAUGUACUCAUCUGUAUAAUCUCUCCCUUUUCAGUCGGCUCCUGCUAUGCAGCAGGGAAGCUUUAGGUUUCCAGAUAAUUGCCCGGAUGCAGAUUGCCAGUUCCUUGUAACUUACCAAGCUUCUGGUAAUAACAGUGUGGUUUUCGAACUAAGAGGCAGAGGAAACUGGGCAGGAGUGGGAUUUAGCGAUGAUAACCAAAUGGUAAGUUACCAAACUGUGGAAUCGUGAGGCAGAAAAAUAAUUGCAAUCAUACGCGAAUUUGGCUUUUAUUAAAAUGUUCUCUAAGUGCCGGUCUUAAUCGACUGUUAGCUUUUUACAGUUAAGGGCUAAUUAGCCAUCCUUCGCGUUACGAUCUAAAUAAAGUUAGUUGUUUAAAAUGAUCAAAAUGAAUUUCAGUUGUUGUGAUACACAAUUCCAAAGUCCGGGAGGUCUCUAGCCCCUGGGACUCUACGACCUUUCCUGUUCCCGGAUGGAAAAAUGCUGAAAGAGUUGACCAUCAGCCCCAGUAUCGAGAUACAAAUUGUCUUUACAAGCGAUUUCGACACUCUGCGAAUGGCAUUUUGUGUCUAGGAAAUUUCUUACGGUAAACAUUUUUUCAACACUGACUGCUGCAGUCCACCUGGGCUCCCGCUAACGGCUAAGAUUUUCCAACCACUAGCUAAAAUUUGGCAGUUUUUAACCUUACCUGAAUUUUUAUCACCUUUAUCCACAGGCCGAUACCGACAUACUUAUUUGCGCCAGCAAUACCUCACUAAGUGGCCAUUAUUAUGCAACAAGCAGAACAACGCCAGAUAGAACAGAUCCGGUAAGUUAGUUAAUUGUUGUUUUUAUUGGCGAGUUGACUUCCUGAAUGUUACCAAACAUCAUAGUUGACUCUCUGUUUCUUACUCCCUUGUCUUCAGUUCUCCUUUUACAGGUGUUUCCCCAAAUUAGGGCGGGCGCCCUUGUUCUUUGCUCUCAGUAUCUCCGUGAUUACAAGCACUGUAAUCGUUUCCUUUUUCCGUUCCCAACGGAUUAUAAGAAUGCGCGAAAUAUUUACUCAGACUAAUUAAGACAUUAAAAUGCCUCAGAGUAUGCUGCACUCUUUUCAUAGUUACAAUGGUAAGUACAGUAUUUUUAAAGUAAAUUAAAAGCAGUUUUUUCUUGACACCGUUCAAAGUUUCGCAUCAACGAAUUUCAAAACUGAUAAUGGUCCAGUUUUGUUAUUUAAUACUACAUUUAGGCACUGAAACUGAUUCCAAAUGUCUGUUGAAACGGUGGGUGAGAAAAAAAAAUUCACAAAUAACAUCGGCGAAACCGUAAUAAAUGGGAAAGUGUCAAUCAAUGAACAUUCAAAUUCCUCAAAUGACUCUAACUCAGAACCUGCUCACCUGCGCUAGAAUAACCUGAUCAAAUUCUCUAAGUUGGCUAAUACUGUGCACGGCCCAGUCUUUUCAAAAGGGCAGGGUUACUGAAGGCCUAAAGAUCAAACAGUGGAGCCCCUGUCAGCCCGAAAAUUUUGUAAACGCUCCCCUUUUAAAAAAAUCAUACUUACGGUACAUAUUUUGUUAUCCUUUGUUUUUCUUUUUCCUUUACUCUACUUAUUAUAUACUUAAUAAGUUCAUACGUGAACUCAAUAAUGACCGAAGCACGGUCAAAACGUCGUUGUGACCUUUUUUCGUAAUAUUUUUAAAAAUUGAGAGAAAAGAGAUGACUGUUCAAAACAUAUAUUACAAAGAAGAAUAAGGCAUUCAAGAAUGGGCCUCUCUCUAACUUCUAACGCUCUAUCGCAAAGCUCAGCAGAAUAGAAUAUAAACAAAUCAACACAAUAAUACAUGGAGGGUGCAACUAGCAAUCGAGUUUAUUAUACAAAUUAAGUUACUUUUUAAAGCACUAAAUAAAAUAAGGGAUAUACGCAAAGUUAUAGGGCUCUAAGAAAAGAUAGAUGCAUGUAUAAGCUGCAACAUAUUAGCACCAACAAGAAAUGCUGAAGAAAUUAUCAGUGUGAACAGAGUCUGGACAAUAAAAGCGCGCGAUGCAAUACUACAACUACAUUUAGAAGCUUAGAUGUUAGAUAUGUAAACUCUGUAAAAGACCGUAGAAACAGCCUCGAAUAAACUGUUCGACAUCAAUUGGUGUGUAAUUCACAAGGAGUUGCUUAUAAAGGUGGGUCUGAUACUCCAAAUUGAAACAUAACCAAAGAAUGCAAUCAUCAGCUAAGAGAAAUACAAUUAGACUGACCGGAACUAAUUCUUAUUCUUUUUUGUUACUCUUUAUAGACUCCAUCUGCGGUAGAAAUCACUAACCAAACAUUUAACGGUAGUGUGGUGUCUUGCAGGUAACUCAUUAUAACUCAUCACCAUUACAUCGAGAUUAACAUCAUAAUCUUUAAAACUAUUAAUUAAAAGUGUUUAACACAAUAUUUAAAUGAAGCAGAAGAUUAGGAGGCUGUCCGGGAAAACUCUUAGCACUUGAAAGAAUCAUGGCGAUUUAGCUGUUGGGACAUGAUAUUUUAGAGAAACAUUACUCAACACCUCUUUAACACCAGAGCCUAACCAAAUAAUAUAUGCAAAAUUCACCGCAAAGGUUAAGGGAAAUUGGUAUUUCUUAAGACUGCUGUGAUUUUGCAUAUGACUAGCCUUUAUUAUAUUGGUAGACGGCUACAGGAAGUAAAGGGUUGCCAAAAGAACCCGAAAAUUCAGGAAGAAGCGUUGGUAUUUGGUGUAUUGUGUAAAGAAUGCAAAUAUUUUUUGUCUUAUGUCUCCUUUGUAUAGUUCAGGUUUGAGUCAUGUUUUUAUUAGGUUAGGAAUUGUGUGAACAGUUCAGCAGGUGUGACGACCUAGUACGGUCGAUAGUGUAAGUGGUGAAUUAUGUUAAGACCAGUAACGGUGCUGUAUACCGGUAUACGACUCUUUACGACGUCUAAAACAAACAGCAACAAGCAAAAAAACAAUCGUAUAUACUAUUCCUCCAUUGUUUUGCUUCGAACGUGUACAAACCAACGGUUGGUUACAGACAAGGGCUCAUUGACUUAACGUAGUCUAAUUCAAUAAUUUUGGACGAAGCAAGAACUUGAUAUAUAAUAAGUAACGGUUUUAAUUUUGAGUGUAAUUGUUUUAUAGAAUAACGAGAGAGCUAGAUCCGGGUAUUGCUAAUUUUAGAAAUCUACGCCAGGAUUGGUUCCUUUUAGGAGCAAUCGGAGAUUUGACUGGUGAGCAUCUUAUACUUAUCAAUCACUUAAUUCUGAAUUCAGCCGAAAGACCUCUGAAGCGCGCACUAGGGAUAUUUUUGCAACUAGCAUCGAAUUUUACACUUGUUGGUGCACUUACUUAGUGCAACAACUUUUGAAUUUUAUAGCCACUUUUUUGUUGCAAAAAGCACUAUCAAGUAUUAAGCUGCGUGCAAACGGACGCAACAACUCCCAACAUGGUUGGGCCGGCAAAUUUGGGAGCUGUUGGGUCAGUGUUGGCAGUGGUGUGCAAAUGCGGAUGUAACAACUCCCAACAACGUUGGCCUAUGAAGCGUGUUGGUCUAUCACGCGAAGUUAUUGCAUUGUUGUCUCCAAGGAGACCAUCGGUAAUGCACGUGCCUGUCCACAACAAUGUUGGAAGAGCUUUAAAAACGGUCCCAACAUUAUUGUGCUACUUUGCGGUGAUCAAGGAGCAAAAGAAAUGUUGGAAAUUGUUGGCUCAAAACUUUGACCAGUUUCAAACUUUGCGCAACAACUCCCAGCAACACUCAACCAUAUGCAACAGGAUGUGCAAACAAAUGCAACAUGUGGAUAUCCAACGAUGUUGGAAGGUGUUGACCAACAAUGUUGCGUCCGGACUUUACUUUUUAAAAAACGAUUGCAGCCUGAAAUAUUUCAGAUACUGAUACUUGCCAGCAAACUCAUUUUAUGAGUGGUACACUAAUUAGUGGCUCUUAAAUGUUGUCUCCCAGCUUCAACGCAGCACAACUGCGAUAAAACAUGAAUUAUGUUACCGGACGUGAUAAGGGAGGGUACUUUGGAGGAGUAAGUCCCUUCGAGUGUGAUAAUGUUUCUUCUCAAUAUCGCGUGGAAUGCAACUCGUGAAAUUUUUGUGUCAAGGAAAUAGGACAAAAUGACCUAGAUUCUCAGUUACAUGAUAGAAUACCAUUGAAACGUGACCAUUAGUGUGUCCCGGCCUUGCUCGAGGAAAGCCUCCAUAUUCUGACUGGCAGCUUAGAAGAUCCUGAAACUCACAUUUGGUCACUACUAGGAAGCGCUAUUUCAGACUUCCUGAAAAUAAGAAACAGUAUCCUGCAACCAAUAUCAUAUUUGCGUUACUGCAGAGUCCUUAUACUUUCAGUUGGGUUUAGUACAGAGUUAAAGAUUAAAUAAUAAUAGCAGUAUCAUUUAUGACAUUAGUAAUUAUUAUUAUCAUAAUUAUAAUAUUAAAGGUGAUCAGAAUGACAAUAGAAAUAAUAAUGGCACUGAUAAUUGAGAUGGACAAGGUAUGGUAAAUUAUGCCGAAGUGACGAUACAUUACGAUAGAUGGAUUUACAUGAGCUUUUACUUUAAACCAUCAGGUGCUACGAUCGGGAUUCAUUCAGCGAGACGUGCUUCAAGUUCUAGAAUCAACGUCCUGACAGGUGAAGUGGGGAGUGGAGCAACAGUUAUGCCGACAAGUUCCUCGUCGACGGUACGAUUAUACUUUAUUUUUCUGUCAUUCCAAAUGAGUAAGCAACAACGAUGAAAAUUAUGGCAGUGAAAAUAGUUCCCCUCCCCCAACCCUCCGCGGGUACAAUUGUAUCACUAGAAACCUGCUCAUCCCAGCACUCCUUUAACCCAGUUUCAUAGGAUAAAGAGAGAAAGAAAUAGGUUCAGUAUAGUUUGGUUGCUAUUUCAUGCUAUUCUCCGUUUUCACUCACGUGAGAGGGCAGAAAUAAAAAUGGAAACCUUUUAAUACAGGAAGUCUAGAAUCUGGGAAAUGAAAGAAGAUAAAUAUUUACAAAAAGGCUUGCCAAGAAUCAGGUAUAUGCAGUUGUUGAUAUGCAAGAUAUUCGGGAAAACGCUUUACCCAAAUUUAUAAAGCUUUGUAUGGAGACGCCAUGUUUGUGUCCCUUUCAGGGCACAAAUAUGGCCACCGGAAACCAACAGAAGGAUCUGUUUUAGAGUUUUCGUACUUAUCCGUGAAUUCUUCGCUUGAGGAGCUCAUAAAGAUUAAAGUAAUAUUCAUUCUAAGGAAAGGAAUGUUUAGAUAGCAAAAUCUCCAAAAAUCCGUAAUGUUUUUACCCCACAUAAGAGCUUUCCCGGCCGCCAACUAAAUGCCGCGACACGCAAAAGCCUGGAAAUUCAAGCGUCCUGUAUCGCAAAACAAGGAACCCUUUUGAACCGAAAAUUUUUUUGUAUAAAGGUUUUAAGGUGCUCUAGUAUCACAUGAAAGUAGAAACUCAGAAGAAGCGAUAGUUUCUUAGUUUGAAUUUUGGUGACGUCAUGUGAAAACCAAGAAUAGCAAGUAUAGGGCAAAUGAGAAUAGAAAGAAGAAUGUAAGAUUUUGAAUAUGCUAAAGGUGGACAAGAUGCCUCUUGACGUCGCGGAUUUUACAUGCCAUGAGGCUUCCUACCCUACCAGUAAGACAAAAACAGUAUUUUCAAACUAAGACAUAAACUUUGAAACACGUGUUAUUUGGAAUCUGUCCCUUUUCAGGAGGCCCCUACUAGGCAGCAAGGAAGCUUUAGGUUUCCAGAUAAUUGCCCGGAUGCAGAUUGUGAUUUUCUUGUGACUUACCAAGCUUCUGGUGCUAACAGUGUUAAAAGUAAUUGCAUUCACACGCAAAUUUAGCUGUUAUUAAAAUGCUCUUCAAGAGAGGGUCUUAAUGGAGUGGAGGCUCCCGGCCAACUUUUAGUUAUUUAGCUUCUUUGCAGUUAAAGGCUAGGCUUAUUAACCAUCCUCUCCGUUACGAUGAGCAAAAAUCUAGAAAAAUUCGUUAGCUGUUUGAAAAGAUCAAAAUGAAUUUCCAUUGUUGCAAAGUGAUACACAAUUCCAAUGGCAUUUAGUGCUUAGGAAUUCUUUUUACGGUAAAAAUUUCUUCAAAACUGACGGUUAGAGUCCACCUGGGCUCCCUGGAACGGUUAAGAUUUUCCAACCACUAAACUUUUGGCCUGUGUUUUCCUUACCUGAAUUUUAUCUCAUUGUCCACAGCCUGAUACCGAUAUACUUAUUUGCGCCAGCGAUACCUCACUAAGUGGCCAUUAUUAUGCAACAGGUAGAUCAACACCAGCCAGGACAGAUCCGGUAAGUCAAUCGCUGUUUUUCAUUGACGUCAGACUAUAUGGUCUUUUGAACGUUGCUAAACAUUAUCUCUUGCCUUUAAUUAGUUUUCAUCAUAUUUUUUUUAGCAUUUGGUUUCCCCAAGGUAGUGCGGCCGCCUUCUUUGCUUCUCUUUGAUUCCAAAGCUCAUCACCAUUAUCGUUUUUCUCUAACUACAAGCACGUGCAAAAUUUCGAUUUUCAUGUUUUAGAGAUUUUAACGCACUCAGUAGUAAUUUAUACAGUGUAAUCACUUAAGUAAAAUAAAGCAAUCAAUGUCUCGUUUAACAGAACGUUUUGUUUUCAAAUUUUAAAAAAAAGGUGACUGAGAUACGUGAUAUAAAGAUAAAAUGCAGCCAAUCAAGCAAUUUAAAAAGGGACGCGUUGAAUCAUCAGAUCAACUCACACUUGCCAAAACUUCUUAUCAUUUUUUGUAAUUUUUUUAAUAGACUCCACCUGCUGUAGAAAUCGCCGACCAAUCAUUUAAUGGUGGCGUGGUGUCUUGCAGGUAA